CAGCUGUGCUCCGCGGCACCGCCACCGCCGGCCCAGCGCCGAGCCCUGCCUCCAGUGCCGCUGCCGCCGCGGGCCGCGCUGGAGCUGGAGAGCCGGAAUCCGCACAGCCUGGCUGCGUCACACAGCUCUGCCGACGACCAGAAUGGGCGUAGAGUCUGUGACGGUGCUGCAGCGGGCAGCGCGGGCCUUGGGGCGCAUCGUGGGCGCGGCGGCUGCGCUGGUGGUGCGGAGGCGUGGCCCAGACUCCCUGCAGGGACAAGUCGCGCUGGUGACCGGCGCAGGCAGCAGCCUGGGUAGGGAGUUGGCGGCGUACCUGGCACUCUGCGGAUGCCACCUCAUCUGUGUAGACGACGACAUCGACGCCGCCACAGUCACCGCUGACGUCAUCAACGCUAAGGUUGGUCCGGGCGCGGCGGAGGCGCUCGCGAGCGACGGCGGCGACCGGCAGCAGGUGCUGCGGCUGUCGCGGGCCGUCCUGGCGCGCCACCACGCCGUCCACGUGCUCGUGCUGGCUGCCCCACCGCGGCGCGGCGCGGACGCAUACGACCAGCUCGCCGCGCAGUUCUGGGUGGCCCUGGGUUUGGUGCCCGCCAUGGCGGCGAGGGGCGGCGGCCGCGUGCUGGCCGUUUGCAGAGAGGACGGCCCUGGGGACGCGCCGUCCGUGCACAGCGUCGCCACCAACGGUUUGGUGGAAGCGCUAUCUGAACAGCUGAAGGGCACCGGAGUGAGUUUGACCUGCGCCUAUCAGUACCACUUCUCCAACAGCGGACUGCCUCUCUCAAUUCCCGAGCUGAGUGACGAACAAGUUGCGUCCGAGAUGGUGGCAGCACUGCGCCGCCGCCAGAGCCGCGUGGUUCUCCCCAGGAGGCCUCUCUUCUGGAACAGCGUUCUGCGGUCGCUGCACCUUGUCGCCGACACGAGCCUUCACGACGCCCUCUGCCUGGAUACGCCUGCACCUGUGACAUCUGCAGCUCCUGCUGGUAGCGUGGCCAAGUCCUGACGUCGGAGGAACAGCGAACUUGCCUUCGCUGGGUCUUUAGCCGACAGCUACGUUGGGCUGCUUACAGGAGGCGGACAAUCGGAAUCAGCGCCUCUCACUGCGCUGAAAAGAACCGAAGCAUGUUCACAGCUGCAGUGUUGUUCGUUCCGUACACAGAUUCUGUUCUAGACUUUGAUGGCUCCAGUCUUUAGUAAAUUCUACGCAUGUAAUUUAUCCGACGCAACAAAAACAUAAGUGUUACAAUAUUAAAACUGUUAUCAGGGCAUGUUAAUUCUAUUGUGCACAUUUCAUUGAAGUACGUACGCGCUAUUUGCCAGUAUGACGUCAUGCGUUGCGUCAUUACAGUUGGUUCUGUAAAACGACCUUAAGUACCAGCGUACCUCGUCCGAUGAUGUACAGCUGAGGAUGACAUGGCAUCGGUCGACAGUCGCGUCACGGUUUUUUUUAUGUUUGCUCUCUCGUCUCUCCAGUCUUUAAUUUUUUUUUCUGAGAGGCGAACACGUACAAUAACCUUAUUGGAAAAACACGCAGGAUUCCUACUUUCGUCUAACUUAUUUGACCUUACAUCGAAUGGUCUUCCAAGUUCUCUGCAUCCACAAGUUUUAUCAUAUGCCCACCACCCUCCAAAUGUAAUUUAUGUUUUAAUGUCCGGCCGGCUAAAAACAAUCCCACAAAAGAGCAUAUAAGUCUUUGUCUACCACCUCACGGCUUUAGAAGCAAGCAACUAUCACUGUCUCACUGGUGUACUAGACAGAGUUCUUGGUUCUAUCCCAAUGGAAGCCUGAAUUUUUUCUCAGUUGGAAUGAUUUGAAACAAGAUACACUCAACCUUCGUGCUGCAAUCUGAGUGCGUUAAAUGAAGAAGCAGUCGAUCAGAGUUAACGGACCCCACGAUCUUUCCCAUGACUUCAGUGAUACUGCAGAGUAUUGAUUUUCAGAUCAUUUUCGUCAUGACUGAUAAUACCACUUAUGACAGUUACCCCUUGCCUGCAUUUGUUUUGUACAGGUGUCUUUUU